GGGGAGGCGGCCCCGGGGGGGGAAAGUUGCCCGGAGCGGCGAGGGGCGAGCGCGGUGGCAGGACCAUGGGCACUUUGCGGGAUUUACAGUACGCGCUGCAGGAGAAGAUCGAGGAGCUGCGGCAGCGGGAUGCGCUCAUCGACGAGCUGGAGCUGGAGUUGGACCAGAAGGACGAACUGAUCCAGAAGCUGCAGAACGAGCUGGACAAGUACCGCUCGGUGAUCCGGCCCGCCACGCAGCAGGCGCAGCAGCAAAGCGCCGGCACCUUGCAGGGCGAGCAGCGGACCAAGCGCCAGGCGAUCUCGGCCGAGCCCACCGCUUUCGACAUCCAGGAUCUCAGCCACGUCACCCUCCCCUUCUACCCCAAGAGCCCGCAGUCCAAGGAGCUAAUAAAGGAAGCAAUCCUUGACAAUGACUUCAUGAAGAACCUGGAAUUGUCCCAGAUCCAGGAGAUUGUGGAUUGUAUGUACCCUGUGGAGUAUGGCAAGGACAGCUGCAUCAUCAAGGAGGGAGAUGUGGGAUCCCUGGUCUACGUCAUGGAAGAUGGGAAGGUUGAAGUGACAAAAGAGGGAGUGAAGCUCUGCACCAUGGGACCUGGCAAAGUGUUUGGGGAGUUGGCCAUCCUCUACAACUGCACCCGGACAGCUACUGUCAAAACUCUCGUAAAUGUGAAACUUUGGGCUAUUGAUCGGCAAUGUUUUCAAACAAUAAUGAUGAGGACUGGCCUCAUCAAGCAUACUGAGUAUAUGGAAUUUUUGAAAAGCGUUCCCACAUUCCAGAGCCUUCCCGAGGAGAUCCUCAGUAAGCUUGCAGAUGUCCUGGAAGAGACUCACUACGAGAGUGGGGAGUACAUCAUCCGCCAAGGGGCUCGAGGGGACACCUUCUUUAUCAUCAGCAAAGGAAAGGUGAACGUCACCCGGGAGGACUCUCCCAGUGAGGAUCCCGUCUUCCUCCGCACUCUGGGGAAGGGGGACUGGUUUGGAGAAAAAGCCCUCCAAGGGGAGGAUGUCAGGACAGCCAACGUCAUCGCAGCUGAAGCAGUCACUUGUCUGGUCAUAGACAGAGACUCCUUCAAGCACCUGAUCGGGGGCCUGGAUGACGUCUCCAACAAAGCCUAUGAGGAUGCAGAAGCAAAAGCAAAAUACGAAGCCGAAGCUGCCUUCUUUGCCAACCUGAAACUGUCGGAUUUCAACAUCAUCGACACCCUGGGAGUCGGAGGCUUCGGGAGAGUGGAGCUGGUGCAGCUGAAGAGCGAGGAGGCCAAGACGUUUGCCAUGAAGAUCCUGAAGAAGCGGCACAUCGUGGACACGCGGCAGCAGGAGCACAUCCGCUCCGAGAAGCAGAUCAUGCAGAGCGCCCACUCCGACUUCAUCGUCAGGCUCUACAGGACGUUCAAGGACAGCAAGUACCUGUACAUGCUGAUGGAGGCCUGCCUGGGGGGAGAGCUCUGGACAAUUCUCAGGGACAGGGGUUCAUUCGAGGACUCCACCACCAGGUUUUACACGGCAUGUGUGGUGGAAGCCUUUGCCUACUUGCAUUCCAAAGGGAUCAUUUAUAGGGACCUCAAGCCAGAGAACCUCAUCCUGGAUCACCGAGGUUAUGCCAAGCUGGUCGAUUUUGGCUUUGCAAAGAAAAUAGGAUUUGGAAAGAAAACAUGGACUUUUUGUGGCACCCCGGAGUACGUAGCCCCCGAGAUCAUCCUGAACAAAGGUCAUGACAUUUCAGCAGACUACUGGUCCCUGGGAAUCCUGAUGUAUGAGCUCCUGACUGGCAGUCCCCCCUUCUCAGGCCCAGACCCCAUGAAGACCUAUAACAUCAUAUUAAGGGGAAUAGACAUGAUUGAAUUUCCAAAGAAGAUUGCCAAAAAUGCUGCUAACUUAAUUAAAAAACUAUGCAGGGACAAUCCAUCAGAAAGAUUAGGGAACUUGAAAAAUGGAGUGAAAGAUAUCCAAAAGCACAAAUGGUUUGAAGGCUUUAACUGGGAAGGGUUACGGAAAGGGACACUGACACCUCCCAUAAUCCCAAGUGUCGCGUCUCCCACGGACACGAGCAACUUCGACAGCUUCCCAGAGGACAGUGACGAGCCACCCCCUGACGACAACUCAGGAUGGGACAUAGAUUUUUAAUGUUAUUUCUCUUACCUGCUUCUGCCUUGCUGAGGACAGCUUUUCCUGGGACGUGGCUGCCAGCGGAACAGGAAGACCAGAAUCGGGGAGGAUUCGUGCUCGGGGUCACCACGAUGCCUUGAUUGAUGCUGCUCCAGUAACUCCAGUGGCAUUAGGACUUCUUGCUUAGUGACAAUAGUGCUCUCCAUGUUUUCUGUUGGAACGUGACCUGGCUUGGGCAUGGUGGUCCUGACACAGAGCCUUGCUCCGGCACAGAACUCCUCUUCUGUGGCCACAGAGAUCCUGGCACACUCUUGAUUAGCAGAGUGAGAGAUCCGUAGAGUAAGAGGCACUUAAUUCCAGCUGCUUUUUCCGUAGGAUCAGUAGUAACUUAUGAAGUGCUGCAGCUACUCCAGUGCAGGAUUUGGGCUAUUCCCACCCUCUGAGCUCCACAGGGCAGCGCUGGAGCCCAGGAGGAGCACGGGCAAAGCACUCCUGUCAGAGCAGUGGGGAAUGUGUCCUUUUCCUUCCCUAGCAGUAUUCCUGACGAGACUGAAUGUUCCCUUUCCUCUUUGUUUUGGAAACAUUUUGGCUCAGCCUGGUCACAACCAAAAGCACAACUGGCUGCUGCAGAUGCUGUCAAGGCAGAGGUUGGGUCGCUUCCCUCACGUGGCAGCACCACCUUUGGGCUUCAGUUCUCCUUUCCCUUGGUACCAACACAUGCAUGGAAAGAGAAAACCAUGGAAUGAAUCCAUUGUACAUCCACCCAUCUGUUCUACAUCUAUUGAUCCGUUGUCCAUCCACUGAUCCAUGUCACAUCUAUUGAUCCAUUUCACAGUGCUCCAAUCACGGUCCUGAGUAAAGCAACAGCAGCCCACCACUCUGGUUAGGUACAGAAUUAAGGAUAAUUGGGAUCUUUUUGGGCUCAAAGGGAAAAUCAUGAGACCUGUGGUGUCCUCUCGAGGUGCUACAUCCAUCCCUCACCUGGGAAGAAGCCUGUCCCUGACCCUUCCUGUCAGGAAUAUGUAGCAGAGGCUCCGUUCUCCCUUCUGGUGAUUCCAUGUCUCCAUGUCUGCUUCUCUUCCAUGUUUAAAGAAUCUCAUUAAAAUAGAAAUCCUGGCUCUGAUGGAACACUGCCAGCAAUCCUGAUGCCUCUCCAGGCUAAGGAGCUGCACAGGAAAGUCAGUGGGAUUCAAUGGGAAGUGGGUAUUGGAAGAUCCCUGUGAGGUCUCCAGCGUGCCAGGUCCACGUGACUGUGUUUAACACAGGGGUGGCCAAAUCCAUUUGGAAAAAAGAACCAGGGAAAACAAUAUGAUCAGGAUAUGCUUUUCCCUCACUUUUCCUUUGCUUGAAUUCCCUUUUCUGGUUUGUAGGAUGCAGCAGAGGGAUCCUAUCCUGGGUGCCCAUUUGUUGCAUACACACAGGACUGAAAGUUUAUCCCGUUAUCCAACAGGAAAUUUGGGUCUCUCUGAGAGACCUGGCCCCAAAAGGAAUCACAGAAUCAUGGAAUGAUGGAAUGGUUUGGGUUGGAAGGGACCUUAAGGGUCCUCUCAUUCCAGCCCCUUUUAAUCUCAGCUACCAAGAGCUGACCGUGGAAAGAUCAGGUCUUGCUGACAAGGACUUUUCCCACAUGUUACAUGGAAAAGGUUUGUUUGAGCAGUAAAAAAUUCCUUCCCUGAUGCUAAGUCCCAACUCUUUUGCAUGUUUUUCAUUAAAGGAUGUGAUCAAAAGGGUAUUUUGGCAGCGUGGGCCGUGUGACACCUUUGAAAGCAGUCUGUGGCCCUGGAAUUCCCUCAGUUUCCCAAAGGGUGAGGCCACACCUCUGGCACAGUCACUUCUGCUGUUCUUUAACCAUUAAAAACUUCGUUUGCCUUCAAACUCACAGGGAAAAGGCAGCACCUGCUGGCUUUUCCACCUUUCUCCAAGGGAUGGACAGCACUGAGAGCCAAGGCUGAGCACGAGGGCUAAAACAUUCACCAGGCAUCUUAAAUAGGCCUAAUAGCCAAAUGCUUCCCUCCCAUCCCCCUGGACCUUCACUCCAUGGGGACAGCUUCCUGUAGGAGUUUGUCCCAGGAUGGUGACACCUGAUGCAGCUGGCAGGCGAGGAGGACAAAGCACCACAAGGAUUUGGGGAUCAGCCUGAAAACAUGACAGGAAGGAGGGUCUGGAAUGGGCUGAGCAGUUGGGUUUCUUUUUCCUGUCCCUUUUUUUCCUUGUGCCAGGCAUGGGAAUUGUCACCUGCAGCGUGCACUGUGCUGAAUCUGAGUUUAUUUUGAUAUCAAACACCUCACUCGACUCCCAUGGCCUCUCCUGAGCAUUAACACUUUGCAUAUGUAUAUGAUAAGCCUUCAGUUAUAAUAAUAUAUUUAAGUUGCUUUAUAUAUAUCUCUAUAUAUCCACAACAAGGGAUUGCCUCUGUGUUUCCACCUCCUGUCCUUAGUUGUUUGUCUCCUUUCCUGAUCUAUGGGACGACAGCGUUUUUUAGGGAAGGGGGAAUUGGCUCCCAUGUUUCCAGAGGGGGCUUUGAUUGGUGUUGUGGCUUCUCCUGGAGCUGCACUGCCCACAGCAAACUCUUCUUCAACAACAGGACCACGAGCAGAUAUUUCUGUAAAUAGGUAUUUUCGUGUCGAUGUUUUGUGGGUCACACAGGACUUUCUGUUCUUUUCCAGUUCCAUGACAUUAUUCCUUCAUUUCCUUAUUUGUAAUGUAAUGUCUUUAGGUCGAGGUAGACUUGAAUUAAUGUCAUAUUUGUCAGUAUGAUUAAACUUUCCGUCAGCUGUCCUGUUCACCCACCCGUCCCAUAGUUCUAGAACGUCACUGGCUAUCUGGCAUUGUUGCAAGUGCCUUAAAUCCAUGGCAUCUUAUUGAGAAAAAAAAAAAAAAAAAAGAGACAAAUUUGGUGUUAUGCUGCAUGACAAAAGACAAACACACCUCAAACCGUCGUCCUUUCUUAGCUUGCUGCGUUUUACAGUUCUUUCUGCUACCGAUUUCUAAGCCUUUAUUAUCUGAUCUCGAUGAAUUCCAGAAAUGAUGACGUCGUUCUCUGAUUUCUGUUCAAUGUACCAGAGCUGUGUAUCUGUUAAUGAGAUACAGAGUCAUUUCUGUGAAAUGUAUAAAUGUGAUGUGCGGGUCAAAUUAAUCUCUGACAUCCUAGCAGUCCGUAGACAGGUAUUCCUGUUUUGCUAAGCUCUGCAGAUCCCACCCAUCCGUGCUGUCCCACACAGCCCCCCCUGGGGAAUCUCCCACCUGGGAAAAAUCCACCCUGCUGGUGUUUUCCUGACCCGAAACCCCGGUGCAAAGAUGAGGCUCGUUUGCACCACUCAACCAAACAGGAUCUGUGCUUUUCCCUGCCCCUUUCCCUGCAUCCACGGGGAUGAGCCCUGGAAACUCCUCCUGCCUCCCCAGCCCUGACACUGAGACUUGGGCGCUUUUAGGGCUUUCUCAGAAAAAGGGGAAAUUCCCAUUUGGAGUUGCCUCUCACCCCUGAGUCCCCAUUUAUGCUUGUUUUACCCCAGCCCUUUGUUUUAUACUCUGAUUUUCUCUCCUUCCAUGGCAGAGGUUUUGUUUGUCGGGCCGAUGUCGGUCACGCCCCGGCCAUCGGCCGCUUGCACUCUUUGGAUGUUGACUGAGGAACUUUGGGUUUUUGGGUUUUUUUUCAUAAACUUCCAUGGCUUUUGUUUCGCUCAGUACUCCCCCCUGCAGCUGUAAUUGCCGAGUGCCUGUUGUAUACUUUAUAGAGUUGAAAUAAAAAUAAUUACUUUUGAA